CCCAUUAUUGUGUGACGUUUUCCACACGUUGUGCAAGAGCAUGGUGUGAACACCACGUUGGGAAAUAACAUACACUGGACUAUCUAUUUAUACAAGCAUUGCACAACGUUGUUUUGGUGUAUUUAGAGUCAGCACGUGGUCAGGUCGCUCAUAGCAAUGGCUGUACGCGCUCAGUUCGAAGGAAAUAACGAGAUCGGGGUUUUCUCCAAGCUGACAAAUGCCUACUGUCUGGUUGGAGUUGGGGGCUCUGAAAAUUUCUACAGUGUGUUUGAAGGUGAAUUGUCAGAAUCGGUUCCAGUCAUUCAUGCCAGUUUAGCAGGAUGCAGAAUCAUAGGGAGGAUGUGUGUUGGCAAUAGGCAUGGUCUGCUGGUGCCAAAUACUACAACAGAUCAGGAACUUCAGCACAUCAGAAACGCUUUGCCAGACUCAGUGAAACUUCAGCGUGUGGAAGAGAGGUUAUCUGCCCUUGGCAAUGUGGCUGCCUGUAAUGACUAUGUUGCAUUAGUUCAUCCAGAUUUAGAUCGGGAGACCGAAGACAUCAUCAACGACACACUGCAGGUGGAGGUGUUUCGUCAGACCUUAGCAGGAAAUGUCCUCGUGGGCAGCUAUUGUUCCUUCAGCAACCAGGGAGGCCUAGUUCAUCCAAAAACCUCAGUAGAAGAUCAGGAUGAAUUGUCUUCACUGCUACAAGUUCCUUUAGUGGCUGGGACUGUCAACAGAGGAAGUGAUGUCAUAGGAGCUGGCCUUGUUGUCAACGACUGGAUUGCUUUCUGUGGCCUCGACACAACAGCUACAGAACUAUCAGUCAUAGAGAGUGUGUUUAAACUAGGAGACAACCAGCCAUCAGCAGUUGCAUCAGGGAUGAGGGACGCCUUGUUAGACAGUAUGACAUAACGACAGAGCUGAUGGUCAGGGUUUCAAGUCUCCAUCGUCAUAGUGCUACAUCUAUCUUGUGAUGGGUGGUGGAAGAUUUGCCAAAGACUUAAAGCAGCUGCCUGCAUUUUGGAGGGGAGAUAACUCUUGUGUUACAGGGAGCAACUUCAAGAAAAAUUGGUCAUAACUAUCACUGGAUUUGAAAAUACCUCUCACAUGUGUGCUCCAUAUUCUUAGCUUUAGAGAAGUACCUGUUACAUAAAUUCAUCCAGCAAUGCCAAAAUAAGAAAUCUUGUGCUGAAUUAUGGGGUUUGUGACCAUGGUAGUAUAAGACCUGUUUUCAGAGACUUCUUGUUGACAUGAAUCAAGUUUGCUGUGGUUCAAUAUAUAAAUCAACAGAAUCAUGGAAUUAUUAUAACGGCAAUUAGAACUUACCUGUAUCUUGUUAAGACAAUAAACAGUGAUUAAAUGAAUAUUGUUAAACUAAUCAUAAAAUCAAUAUUGUUAAGUUGUAAUAGUUCUGAUUUGAAUCAGAAUGGAGAUGCUUUCAGGAGUGGAAAGUUCUGUGUACAUGUUACAGUGUACUCUCCCCCCUGGAAAUGAUUAUUGACACUUGGGGUUGACAGAAGUGUCCCUUUUUGUGCUCCACUAACAUCAUACUUACGUUCCCAUCACCAUACUUUUACGUUUGUAAAUAAACAUGAAUGGUGUGUGACAACAUGAAAUAAAACCAGAAAGGAAGUUUCAUACAUGAA